UUUCUUGCAUCUACCGUAACUGUAAACUUCAAUGGUGGAAAUAUCCAAAGAUUCCAACCCCCAUUAAACGCCAAAACCUUCUCUUCUUUCAACCUUCUCCUCCUCCUCCACCUCCUCCCCUCCUUCCUCAAAACCCUAUUCCUUCAAUUUCACCUCCACAUUUCUUUUCUCUGUUCCUACCUUUUCCGAACACUUCUUUUCAACCACCAAUUCCACUCGCCCUCUCUGUUUCCAGAUCCAUUUCAAUUCCUUCGCUUCUGAUUUCCCAAGUGGGUGGGGUUUCCCCCCUUUUUGCCUAUUUGGGUAUUUCGUUUUAGGGUUUUUGAUCCCAUAAUUUUUCUGCGUUUAAGAAGAUUCGGCAACCCAUGUCGGCUGGAGUCUGUGGAAAGCGUGUGGGGUUUGAAGAGAUCUUUGGAUCUUCUUCUUCUCCGACGGCCUGUUCUUCCGCUAAGAGGUCUCGUUGGUCCACUUUCGGAUCCCCGACCCGAUCGGACUUCGGGUCUGGACCUGACGAUUCUGCUUCGGUUUUGCUUCAAAUGUUCCCUGGAGUUGGUGCAGAGGUGCCUUCCUUCGAUGAUUUUAGUGCUCGUGGUGACUCUGCGACGAUAGGAAAUUGUUCUACUGUUCUGGAUGAGAGAACAGCUACAUGCAGCCAAAUGUCACAUGAGAAGAUCGAAGAAGCUAAAGAUGUUAGUUCGGCCGUUGCUGAAGGGAAUGGAAUGCAUGGGUCCAAAUGGGUUGACAUGUUUGUGCAAGAAAUGGCGGGGGCAGUGGAUGUUGGCGAUGCUAGAAUUCGAGCUGCAAGGAUUUUAGAAGCUUUUGAACAUAAUGUAACUGUGAAUUCAAGAGAAUCGGAGGAGUUAAAGCAUGCUUCUUUGAAGGAGCAUUUGCAAAGUUUGGUAAAUGACAACCAAAUUUUAAAGAGAGCGGUAGCCAUUCAACACGAGCGGAAUCUCGAGCAAGAGGAGAAGACAAGAGAAGUCCAUCAGUUAAAGCAUGUCUUAUGUCAGUAUCAAGAACAAAUUCAAAGUUUAGAGUUAAAUGUAUAGAUUAGAACACCAUAGCUCGGGAAUCUUAUAUACCGACUCGAUGAAGAUUUAGAGAAGUUAGACUGUUGAAUACACAGCUAGCUGUCGGCUUAUAAUCUGAGUAGUCGAUGACCAUCCUUCGUUGGUUGUUACUCAGAUGCAAGAUUAAGAGAAGUUGUGCUGAAAGUUUGCUUUUGUAGUAAAUGCCACAAUUUCUCAUGUUGCUAUGAACAAUUUGUUUCUUUGCAGGUUAGAAAUUACACGUUAAAUCUCCAUCUGCAGAGGGCACAAUCUGUUUCAGGACCCUUCCACCAAGACAUAUUUUAAUGUUGUUUUUGUUUCAUUAAUUUUCUCUCUAUACCUUUUCUUUAACCAACGUUGAGUUGAUGCCAAUAUAUUAUAAAGUCAUUUGGGUUGUGAUUGUGAUAUUCUCAAGCCAAAGCCACUUUGGCAAGUUUGUUGUGAUGAAAUGUUCAAUGCUGAGCCCUACUUUGUUUGAAA